CGGAGGAACCAGAAAAAAAUGUACUGUCAGUUGAAAAGUCUCUCUCCAUUAUUUAAACAUUUUACUUGUGAAUCAAAUUUUUUACGGCGAUUAUAUUUAGUAAGCUCUUAGGAAACAUUUCUGAAAACAUAAUCCAAAAUGGCACAGGAUCGCAUCCAUAUUUUUCCUUCGGGUGCCAAUCUUGUGCUCAUGAGACAGCGCAUGUUGGCCGCCUCACGUGGCCUAAAUCUGCUCAAACGCAGACGCGAUGCGCUCGAACUCAAAUUGCGUGAAUUAGUUGCCGAACUCGAUUCAGCAAAGGCAGUGGUGGAUAAAGUAAUGUCCGAUGCAAUCUUCUCCAUGGCAAAAGUGAAUUUUCUCGACGUAGAUUUGCGUCCACUCGAGCUAUUGCCGCCACGCAAGGCAGAUAUUUAUAUGCGCAUAAAAAAUAUUAAAGUUGCUGGUUUGAUGCUACCCCAAUUUCAGCUUUAUGUGGAUAGACCAGAAAGUUUCCCCCUCACAGGCUUGGCUCGUGGUGGCGAACAGAUCAAAAUGGUACGUGCACGUUUCCAAUCCGCCGUACGCGUACUCAUUGCGAUAGCAUCGCUGGAAUACUCGGUAAAUACAUUGCAAGAUGGUGUACAACAAAAUAAUAUGCGCAUCAAUGGCUUGGAAUAUAUUGUCAUUCCACGUUUUCAAAAUACAAUCAACUAUAUAAGAGAUGAAUUGGAUGAAUAUGAACGCGAAGAUUUCUAUCGUUUAAAACGUUCGCAAGCGAAGCAACGCAAAGCAAAAGAGACGUUCACGGAAUUGGUCAAGACUAAAAAUAUGACCCCAGAGCAGUUGGCUGCACUUAAGGAGCAAGCCAAGCAAGCAAAAUCGAAGAUAAAAGAUUCCGGCCCAAAGCAAAAUUUCGAUAUUAAUAAAUUUUCACCGACUUCGAGGUCUAGAAGAUCGAGAAGGACAAGAGCAGUGCGUUCCGAUGAAGAAGACAACGGUAAUGUGCGGCCAAUACCAGAGGAGAAUGAAGAAGAGGAGAAUGCAGGAAAUCCCGAUUAGCAGCCCUAAGAUCAACUAUGAUCAGAAUAAACCGUAUUGGGCUGGAUGAGUGCGAAGUGUUGAGGGAGUCGUGUUUUGCUCUAUCAUUUCUUACUUAUAUGUAUGUGUAAAGCUUGUGCUACACUUCUUCUUUAAAUAGUCGUAUUAGUCAGACAUGGUAAUGUAAUAUUUCGGUUUUAUUCGGAAGUAAUGGUUGGAUAGAAAGAAAAUGCUAAAUUCUGGGGCAAGCCGGCUGAGUUAUGGGACACGAUAAUGGGACGAUUCCACAAUGAAUUUCAAUAGUAUAUUUAUACAAUUAUAUACAUCCUUUUAUAUAAAAAUAUAGAAACAUACUAUA